AUGUUUUAUUCUCUCUCUGGCUCUGCUCUUUUUUUCUUCCUCUGUCUUGCUUGUCUGUCCAGUACAGUAACUGGAGCAGUAACCCUUGUUAAGGAAUAUGAUGACUAUGCUUGUCCUAAUACUAACGCAGUGAUUACAUGUACAACUGAUACUGGCCAGCUAGUGUGGACCUCAGGAAGCAAUCAAGCCUACAGCACAAGCAGUAAUCUCAAUGUAGCUCACUCGGUGGGAGACUUCACUGUAAGACUGAUCUCAAAAUCAGGGAACACACUGGUAUCUACUGCAGUUAUAAAUGCAACGAGCUCUAAUAAUGGAUCGACUGUUAUUUGUGAGGAUAGCUUUUCUGCUGGGGGGAUGACUGAUACUGCUGUUGUUUUACUAGCUACAAUUCCUAGUCUACCACUGAAUUUCAUUAAUACUACUACAACAUAUGAUACUGUUGUAUUGAACUGGACUACCCCUACAUCAUUGGGAGGUGUACCAAUAGGUCAGUACAGGGUCACAAUAUCACCAUCACUUCAAUCAUCUUGUCCUGGGCAGUGUAUGACUACCGGUAAUAACACUGAAUCUCUUACCAUUACUAAUCUACAAUAUGGUGUUACAUACACGAUCACUGUUGCUGCUAGUAAUUGUGCUGGGAUAGGACAAUCUCAGACUCUUAAUGUCACCAUUACUGCAAUAGAACCUAACCCACCCAUUAACUUGGAAGCAUGCAUGUCUUCAAUUCGAGAAGUCAAAGUUACAUGGACAUGUCCAUCAUCAAUGAAUAUCCAAAGUCCUCCAAUCACUAACUAUACAGUUACUUUGACUUCACCAGGGCUACAGACUGAUACACAAUACAUACCUCACAUUGGCUGUAAUCAUCCCUAUUCACUUACUAGACCAGUUCAAAGUGGAUCUCACUUAUACACAGUAUCAGUCACAGCUACUAACAGUGUGGGCGAAAGUACUAACAACCCAUACACUAAUAUAUUUACUACCCCUAACAUAAGUGCUGAUUCAUCUCUGGUUACCACGACAAUGGCCCUGAUGAGUAUAAACAUGUCGUGGGCAGUAUGCCAAGGGAUUCCAGCUCAAUUUGAAGUGGGUUACUCACUAGAUAGCCAAUCAGAUUCAAGCUCAAUAUCAGUGACACUGCCUCUUAUUGAUACAUUGUUUAUACCACUGAAUGGGCUCAAUCCUAACUCUUACUAUCGCUCAGAAGUACAGCUAAAUGUUGGAGGAGACUUUCCAGUAGUUGAUGGACCGUCUUUUACUACAAACAAAGAACCCACUCCUAAUCAAUGUAGCUCAUUACUUUAUACGGUAACAGAAACAGCAUUAGCAACUCCUGGUAGUAGUACUACUGGUGACACUUCAAGACAAUGUGCUAAUGAGAGUAAUCUAUACCUUGGUAUUGGUGUCCUUGCUGCAGUGGCAGCCAUUGCAAUCAUUAUUGUAAUACUGGUUGCUUGUGUGCUGAUUGUAAAAUUAAGAAAUAAAAAGAACCAAGUACCAGUAGGAGAUAGAGAUUUACAAAGACUCCACACUGAUUCAUAUUCUCAUCUUAGCACGUUUACAAGCUCCGAGUCCAAAUUACUGUCCAGUUCUCCUCAACCAACAGGUGUUGUCCCCGACUCUCCUUGGAACACAAUGACAAUGAUGACUCCUAAUGAUUCUUAUGGACAAAGACCCCCACAGCCUCUUCCUAAUGAAGGAGUUUCAGAAUAUGCAGAAAUACCAAGCUACCACAUGCCACCUCAUAGUGACAUCACUAAUAAUCCAACUUAUACUCAAGUUGAUCUAAAUCAAGUUGAACCCAAUAAAGCUAAUGAUGAAUAUCCUCCUAGUGAUAAAGAGAGAAUGUCCCCUCCUCCAAGUGGACAGGUUGAUAAUCCUGCCUAUGGUAUGGCAGGUAACCCAGCUCCUUACAUAAAACCAGUCAAUAGAUACGCUGAGAGUCCAAUAGCUGACGAGCCUAGUGACGAAUAUAUUUAACUAGUUUAUGGCGUGUGUAUGUGGUACGUCGAUCGUUUUGUGAGUGAAAA